AUGACCAAAUUAUCGACUGGCAUUACUUAUUCAUGUCUCAGACGUGAGUUUGGCAGGAUUAAGGAACUUAAGAUCUGCCUAACAACUAUUGGAUUUAAGGCUAAACAUAAACAUAACAUCUCUGUGACCAUAAGGUCAAGCACAUACAAUAGUAAGUUCAUGGUCGACAAUAUAAGUAUACCAUGUCAUACGAUAUCAUCGUCUAUCUCUGGGUCACCCUGUCUACACCAACAAACCAGCAUGGAUGAGACGGACGCCAAAGGCAGCAGCGAAAAGCCCUCAACUGAUGUUCUUAGAUGGACACCGAAGGCAAGCCUAACAGGAUCGCAUCUUUCACAGGCGGUGACAAGCGCAGGAGUUGUCGAUUUAGAGAUGCAAAGGCAAGGCUUAGCUUCUGAAGAAGCAGAUGCUGCCAGCGUGCCCUCUACUGCCGACAGAAUUUUCCCGUUUAACGUUGCUGGCUUCAAUCCCGGUCGUCCGCAGCAGUCGGAUGAUGUUUAUCAUGAAUCCGCACUGCCUCUGAGGUUCGGUUCAGAAGUUGUUGCAGAAUCGUUGGGGGAGCAAGGAGAAAAUUACGAUCGUGCUGGUUCAGUGUCGAAGAGGGAGGGCGUUUUUUUGACGUGGAAGGAGCUGUGGGUUACGGUGGAUGAUGGGAAACGACGGCGCUUGCCGAUUCUUCAGGGACUCACUGGGUACGCUCAACCCGGAGAGGUGCUGGCGAUCAUGGGCCCCUCUGGCUCUGGCAAAUCAACUCUUCUCGAUUCUUUGGCAGGGAGGUUAAGUUCAAAUACGCAGCAGACUGGGGAGAUUUUGGUUAAUGGACGCAAAGAAACACUUGCUUUUGGAACUUCGGCGUAUGUAACUCAGGAUGACACCUUGAUGACAACACUAACAGUAAGGGAAGCUGUAUACUACUCGGCACAGCUCCAACUGCCGGACUCAAUGUCAAGAUCCGAGAAGAAGGAAAGGGCGGAGAUGACGAUAAGGGAGAUGGGUUUGCAAGACUCCAUGGAUACAAGAAUUGGAGGCUGGAGUGUAAAAGGGUUGAGCGGUGGGCAAAAGAGGAGGGUUAGCAUUUGCAUUGAAAUCUUGACACGCCCGAAGCUGCUUUUCCUCGACGAGCCUACAAGUGGGCUGGACAGUGCAGCAUCUUUCCAUGUCAUGAGCCGCAUCACUAAGCUCGCUAGCCAAGAUGGAAGAACUGUGAUUGCAUCAAUCCAUCAACCGAGCAGUGAAGUUUUUGAGCUCUUCAGCAAUCUCUGCCUCCUUUCCACUGGCAUGACUGUCUAUUUUGGCCCUGUUUCAAUGGCAGAAGUGUUUUUUGCUUCAAAAGGCUUUCCAUGCCCGACUCUGAGAAAUCCAUCUGAUCACUACCUUAGAACUAUCAACAAGGACUUCGAUGCAGAUAUCGAAAUAGGGUGCGAUGGCACAAGCACUGAGGAAGUCAUAAAUAUCCUCGUCAAGUCAUACGAGUCAUCUGAGACAUUCCAGCAAGUUCAGCAGGUCCUAUCUAAGAUAUGCCACCAGAAACAAGGAACUUUGGAGAAGAAGGGAAGCCAAGCAAGCUUCAUUACCCAAUGCCUAGUUCUAACAAGGAGAUCUUUUGUAAACAUGUAUCGUGAUCUAGGCUAUUACUGGCUUCGCCUUGCAGUCUAUAUUGCACUGUGUUUAUGUGUUGGGACAAUUUACCAUGACAUUGGCUUUACUUAUGGCUCAAUCCAGGCUAGAGGUUCAAUGCUGAUGUUUGUUGCGGCCUUUCUCACUUUCAUGGCAAUUGGCGGAUUCCCUUCUUUUGUAGAGGACAUGAAGAUCUUUGGGCGAGAAAGAUUAAAUGGGCACUAUGGCGUUGGCGCGUUUGUGAUUGGAAACACAUUUUCUUCUAUUCCUUACUUGCUCAUCAUCUCUUUAGCUCCUGGAGCUCUGGCUUACUACCUUGUAGGCCUUCAAAAGAGCAUCGAACACUUCGCCUGCUUCGCAUUGAUACUCUUUGUGUGCAUGAUGUUGGUCGAAAGCCUAAUGAUGAUUGUUGCGAGCAUAGUGCCAGAUUUUCUCAUGGGUAUCAUUACCGGUGCCGGAAUACAAGGCGUGAUGAUGUUGAACGGAGGUUUCUUCCGGCUGCCGGAUGAUCUUCCGAAGCCUUUUUGGAGAUACCCAAUGUACUACAUUGCGUUCCAUAAGUAUGCAAACCAAGGAUUCUACAAGAAUGAGUUCGAAGGAUUAACUUUCCCUAAUAUCCAAGCCGGAGGGCCUGCUACAAUCACCGGUGACUAUAUCUUGAGAAAUACUUGGGAGGUGGAGAUGGGCUACUCCAAGUGGAUUGAUCUUGCUGUUUUGUUUGGAAUGGUGGUUUUAUAUAGGCUCAUGUUUUGGGGAAUUAUUAAGACUGUCGAAAAGGUUAGGCCCAUUUUUAAAGCUCUUGGAGCUCUGCCUCCCAAGUAUUCACAAGAAUCACAACAGAGCAUCGACAACUCUUCAUUCACACUUUCACAUGAAGCAUAGAUGUAGUGUU